AAUGACGCACGCAGUUGGCGCCAGAUUUCUAACACAACAGCACCGCAGUCCGUGGCAGCCGGAGCUUCACUGACAACAAACGAAUAUAACUUCUCAAUUCAACCAUUUUAGGGGCUUUUAUCAGGCUUGUCUCCUAUUUAUUCGCAAUUGGAACAUGUUUAUCACUGACUUAAGGAAGAAUUUUUAUGACGUUGUUGCUAACCAGAGAGUCGCCCUCCUGGUUGCAGCGGACAUCGAUGCCCUCUGCGCCUGUAAGAUACUGCAGGCGCUGUUUCACUGUGACCAGAUCCAGUACACACUGGUGCCGGUUACAGGCUGGCAGGACCUCAGCACUGCCUUCCUGGAACACAAAGAGCAGUUUCGUUACUUUGUUCUUAUAAACUGUGGGGCCAACGUCGACCUCCUUGAGAUGCUGCAGCCGGACGACGACUCCAUCUUCUUCAUCUGCGACACCCACCGGCCCGUGGACGUGGUUAACGUUUACAACGACACUCAGAUCAAGCUGCUCAUCAAACAGGACGACGACCUUGGCGUGCCGGCGUACGACGACAUCUUCCGGGACGACGAGGAUGGAGGCGACUCUGGGAACGAGAGCGACGAAGGCUCGGAGCCGUCGGGCAAACGGAGGAGAUUUGAUGAAGGGGCUAUUGAGAGAAGAAUUGAAAGGCAGAGAGCCAAACGGGAGUGGGAGGCACGAAGGAGGGAGAUCUUGUUCGACUAUGAGCAGUAUGAAUACCACGGGACCUCUGCUGCAAUGAUAUUUUUCGAGCUUGCCUGGGUUUUGACCAAAGACACGAAGGACAUGCUGUGGUGGGCCAUCAUUGGUCUGACAGACCAGUGGGUUCACGAUAAGAUCACGCACAUGAAAUAUGUGUCAGAUAUUGCAACGAUGCAGCGACACGUUUCCCGACAUAACCACCGAAACGAGGACGAGGAGAACUCUCUGUCCAUCGACUGCAUGAGGAUCUCUUUUGAAUACGAUCUUCGACUGACGUUAUACCAGCACUGGUCUCUGUAUGAGAGCAUAUGCAAUUCCUACUACACAGCAUGCUGCUUCAACCUUUGGACCUUAAAAGGCCAAAAGAAGCUCCAGGAGUUCUUGGCCGAUAUGGGGCUACCCCUGAGACAAGUGAAACAGAAGUUUAAUUCUAUGGACAUUACAAUCAAAGAAAACCUCAGAGACGUCAUUGAAGAAUCCUCUAAUAAAUACGGAAUGAAGGACAUUCGCAUUCAGACAUUCGGUGUCCACUUUGGCUUUAAGAACCGUUUCCUGGCCAGCGACAUGGUGCAUGCUGCUGCUGCCUUGCUGGAGAGCACAGAGAAAGAACAGAAUGACACCACUGACAACUUCAUCAAAGCACUCGAUUCCCUUUCACGGAAUAACCUUGAUUGUCUGAAGGCAGGUAUCAACCUGGCUAAGAAGAAGCUGAUUGCCAUCCAGCAGACUGUAGCUAGCUGCAUCUGUACUAACCUCAUCCUGUCGCAGGGACCUUUCCUCUACUGUUACCUGAUGGAGGGAACACCUGAUGUGAAGCUCUUUUCCAAACCGCUGGCCCUAACUCUGCUGUGCAAAUACCUGCUGAAGGCGUUUGUCCACUCCACGAGGAACAAACGCUGCAAACUGCUUCCUCUCAUCAUGGCUGCUCCUAAAGACGUGGAGAAGGGGACCGUUAUUGUUGUGGGAAUCCCUCCAGACUCUGAGACAUCGGACAAGAAGAAUUUCUUUGGUCGGGCCUUUGAAAAAGCUGCAGAAAGCACCAGCUCCAGAACUCUUCAUGAUCACUUUGAUACUUCAAUAAUCGAGCUAAAGACGGAGGAUCGGAGCAAGUUUCUGGAUGCACUCAUCACUCUGCUGUCAUGAAAACACAGCGGCAGUCGGAGAAACAUGAGUUUUGAAGCCAGGCCCAAAUUCUUCAAGUGUUUACAUCAGAUAAAUAUUCUGGUCUGGUUGUUUUUAUGUUUGAAAUGUUUUUAUUGGUUUUAUGUGUUUAUUGUACAGAUCUCUUAUCAGUCUUUUGGACUUUUUUAGUUGGUUGUAAAUGGUCCCGUCUCUUACUCCAAUCUAUACAUAUGUGUUGUUCAUUAUAAACAUGUUUAAUAAAUGAUUUUAAACUCUU